AUGUCUUUCCUCAGGCGACACCCUCAUCCAGAUGAAUACCUCGACACGGAUGACGAGAACGAUGUAACCAUUGAUCCAGAGUUGCGCUUGCGCACCGUGCGCACAGCUGCUUCUGCCAUAGCAGAGUCCAUUCGCUCGGAACAGCGCGCGGAGAGGAGAAAGACAAUGCGAAAGAAGAGGUCCUUCUUUCGCAAGAAUCGUGAUGCAGACAAGAAGAGACCAAAAACCUCAGAUUCUCUCCCAGAAGUGUCCUCCUCAGCUACUCAAAUACCCGGAGUAAGAAGAAAUGUAUAUCUCAAUAUGCUUCCAACAGCUAUGGAGGUCGACCAGCAUGGUGAGCCUCUGGUUCGAUAUGGCCGGAAUAAGAUUCGGACGAGCAGAUACACCCUGCUCUCGUUUUUGCCGAAGAAUUUAUACGAGCAAUUUCAUCGUAUAUCCAAUGUUUACUUCCUUGCACUCGUCAUCUUUCAAGUAUUCCCCGUGUUCGGCGCGUCAUCUCCCCAAACAGCCAUGCUCCCUUUACUAUUUAUCUUAGUCGUGACUGGAGUUAAGGAUGGAAUUGAAGAUUAUCGUCGCGCACGGUUGGAUGAAGAAGUAAACACCUCCGCAGUCACAAAGCUCGGACAAUGGCGCAACGUCAAUCAACCCACAGACUCUCGCAUGUGGUACGAGAAAAUGUUUGGAUUAAAUGCACCUGGAAAGGUCACGAAGGGCGUCCAGAAGCUUAGGGAGAAAGAAGCCGGUGAAGGGAUGAGGAUCAUGUUGAGCAAAGGUACAGAUGGCGACCGUUUCAGUAUAAGCACCACGGAUGUCAACGAGAGCAGUCUCAGUCUAUCUGUGAGUCCACCGCUUGGUGCUGGUGGCAGACGGUUAGAGGAUAUAGAAAGCGUUGAUUCGCAUAGCUAUCCUCCGGUUGUUUCGACGGACGAGCUGGGAGGUUGGGGACAAUACAAUAACUCAUUUUCGAAUUACCAACAGUCAAUACCUUCACGGUCAUCAUUAGGUGUGGUGGAUUGGAGAAAGCGUACGAGCGGGACAGCUAGAUGGGAACGGACACUUUGGAAGAAGCUGGAAGUUGGUGAUGUGGUGCUACUACGGGAUAACGAUCAGGUUCCAGCGGAUAUUGUCGUGCUUUCGAGUUCCGACCCUGAUGGCAUGUGUUAUUUGGAGACCAAGAACUUGGAUGGCGAAACGAACCUCAAACCUCGCAAAUCUUUGCAUGCGACGACCACGAUCACUUCGGAGGAAGACAUCGAAAAGUCAGCGUUUGUUCUUGACUCGGAGCCCCCUCACCAGAACCUGUAUAUAUACAACGGUGUCUUGCGGUACACUGAUCCCUCUACGUCUGAAGAAAAGAAAGAGCCUGUGACCCUAAACGAGCUUCUUCUCCGUGGUUGUACUGUACGCAAUACCGCAUGGGUUAUAGGCCUGGUUGUCUUCACAGGUGCAGACACGAAGAUCUACCUGAACGGUGGCGAGACGCCAUCGAAGCGUUCCAAGAUUGAGAAGGAGACAAAUUUCAACGUGAUAGUCAAUUUCAUAAUCCUCGUGCUCAUGUGUACCAUAACGGCCGUGAUCUACGGAGUCUUCGACAACCAACAAGACACGAGCAUCAGGAUUUACGAGCAGGGGGUGGAUGCCACCAACUCGGCCAUAUUGAAUGCUCUUGUCACUUUUGUUUCCUGUUUGAUUGCUUUCCAAAAUAUUGUUCCUGUUUCAUUGUAUAUUUCCAUCGAAAUUGUGAAGACGAUACAGGCCUUCUUUAUCGCGCAGGACCUUGACAUGUACUAUAAGCCGUUUGACACGACUUGCGUUCCGAAGACGUGGAGCAUUUCGGACGACUUGGGCCAGAUUGAAUACGUCUUCUCAGACAAGACGGGUACGCUUACGCAAAAUGUCAUGGAGUUCCAGAAAUGUUCUAUUCACGGCGUUCCCUACGGCGAAGGCGUCACAGAAGCCCAACGUGGAGCGGCGACGAGGGAGGGAAGGGCCGAUGUCGUUGACCCUGAAGAAUUGUCUCGUAAACUCGGUGUCCUCAAGAAAGACAUGUUGUCGAUCUUGACACGAAUGUUCAAGAACCGUUAUGGUCAACCUGAGAAAGCCACUCUCAUUUCACCCAAGCUCGCGGAAGAUUUGGUCGACAGAUCCUCGGAACAAAGUGCUCACAUCAUCGCCUUCUUCCGUGCUUUGGCUGUAUGUCACACCGUUCUGUCCGACAAGCCUGAGCCGCAGCAGCAACCGUAUCACCUGGAUUACAAGGCGGAGUCUCCCGACGAAGCCGCGUUGGUUGCAGCUGCUCGCGACUUUGGAUUCCCGUUUGUCGCCAAGUCGAAAGAUGGAAUUGACAUUGAGGUUAUGGGUCAACCAGAGCGGUAUGUUCUUUUGAGGACACUUGAAUUCAAUAGUACCAGGAAACGGAUGAGUGUCCUCGUUCGCGCACCCGAUGGCCGAAUUGUCCUUUAUUGCAAGGGAGCCGACAGCGUUAUCUACGAGCGACUCGCCCCGGACCACGAUCCAGCGCUCAAGGAGAGCACAAACAAGGACAUGGAGGCGUUUGCCAAUGGCGGGCUCCGUACACUCUGUAUAGCUUACCGCUACGUCUCUGAAGAAGAGUUUUUGAACUGGUCAAGGGUAUAUGAUAACGCAACGUCUUCUAUCGAGAAUCGCGACGAGGAGAUCGACAAGGCGACUGCUCAGAUCGAACACUCGCUUAUGAUCCUCGGUGCCACUGCUCUAGAAGAUAAACUUCAAGAGGGUGUUCCAGAGGCCAUAGAGACGCUGCAUCAGGCCGGCAUCAAGCUCUGGAUUCUUACAGGCGACGUAGGUGACAAGCUGCAAACUGCUAUAGAAAUAGGCUUUAGUUGCAACCUCCUCAAGAAAGACAUGGAAAUCAUGAUUUUAUCAGCCGACACACUAGAUGAGGCUCGUUCUCAAAUAGAAGGUGGUUUGAAUAAGAUCGCUUCGGUCCUUGGCCCGCCAUCUUUUAAUGCACGCGAUCGAGGCUUUGUACCCGGUGCUCAGGCAUCUUUCGCUGUGGUCAUAGACGGGGACACAUUACAACACGCCCUCUCUCCCGAGCUCAAGUUACUCUUUCUCAAUCUUGGCACGCAGUGUGAGACCGUUGUAUGCUGUCGUGUAUCUCCAGCUCAAAAGGCAUUGGCCGUUAAACUUGUGAAAGAGGGGCGGAAGGCUAUGACUCUAUCCAUUGGAGAUGGCGCGAAUGACGUUGCGAUGAUUCAAGAAGCUAAUAUAGGUUGUGGGUUGCUAGGUCACGAAGGCUCUCAGGCUGCCAUGUCUUCCGAUUACGCCUUUGGUCAAUUCAGAUUCCUCACAAAAUUGCUCCUCGUCCAUGGCCGUUGGUCUUAUCAGCGAGUCGCUGACAUGCACAGCAAUUUCUUCUACAAGAACAUCAUCUGGACCAUCCCACUGUUUUGGUAUCUUCCUUUCAGCGACUUCGAUGCUACGUACUUAUAUCAAUAUACCUUUAUCUUGCUUUACAAUCUUGUGUUCACGUCACUCCCGGUGAUUGUUCUCGGAGCUUUCGAUCAAGAUGUCAAUGCCAAGGCUGCAUUGGCAUUCCCGCAGCUUUAUGUUCGAGGUAUCAGGGGCUUGGAGUACACUCGCAGCAAAUUCUGGCUGUACAUGUUAGAUGGUCUCUAUCAAUCAGUCGUCGUAUUCUUCAUCCCCUAUCUCGUGUGGACACUUGGGCUAGCCGUAUCAUGGAAUGGAAAAGGCAUAGAUUCCUUGUCAGACUUUGGAACAACUGUGGCAGUUGCGGCAAUCUUCGCUGCCAAUACCUACGUUGGCAUCAACACCAACUACUGGACGGUCAUCACGUGGAUCGUUGUUAUUGGGUCAUCGCUGGUCAUGCUCCUUUGGAUUGUCAUAUACUCCUUCUUUGAGACAAGCGAUUUCAAUGAUGAGGUCAUUGUUCUGUUUGGCAACAUCACGUUCUGGUCAACUGUUCUUCUAUCCAUAUUUGUGGCUUUGGCACCCCAUUUUUUUGCCAAAUUCUUCAGAUCUGUUUAUAUGCCUCUUGACAAGGAGAUUAUACGUGAGAUGUGGGUCGACGGCGAUUUAAAAGACCGGCUUGGCAUACGACACCGGAAGGAGUCUAAGAAUAAGCAAGGAAUGGACCUCGAGUACGCUCCAAUGUUCCGUGAGCCCCAUGCUCGUUCGGUCUCGGAGGUUUCGAAUCUACAUCCUGUCUACGAGCCAGCCUUGACUAGGAGUCCAGCCGAUAGCGAAAUCAUUCUAAGGAACCAGAAUACGGUUGGAUACGCUAGCACUCCUCCUUUAAGUCAAGUGGACGAGUCGCUUGAAAAUUUAAAUUCUCCAUAUUACACCUCUGGCCUGGUUGUACCUCCAAAGGACUAUCAGUCAACGGAGACGAUCCAUGCUCCAAUAUCAGACUCGCCUAACCCCUCUUAUUACUCCGUAUCCGAUAUUCCACCACCUUCUCCUCAACCAUCACCUAUGUAUCGAUACCCGUCUGGAGAAGUUAGCAGCGGAUUGUCUCCACAACGACCGCCUGGAAUCUUGACUCCUGGUGUUUCUGGAUCUUCUAGUGGAUCGUUGCCUAUACCAGACCAAAAUUUUGCUUCAAAUCGUCAGAUGAGGGCCCCGUAUCCUUCAGCGGCAGUCCCGGAGUCGUUCGAGAUGCGUGUGCGAAGUCCACCAAAUCAUUAUCCACCUCAAUAUCUGGCUCCUGACCCAGGCCAGGCAGGUUACCCUCUUACCAACGAGACUGAGCCGCCUCAUAUUGUUUUGCACGGGGCCGGACCUCCUCAUGUAGAGGAGGGCGGCAAUCAGGCUGGUUAUGAGGCUGAUCCAGAAUUCCGGCCAGAAAGCUCGCUAUCGUGGAACGGGCCUCGGGCUAUAUAA